GCACCAGCAGCUGCGGAACGGCUGUGCCGGCGGCGACGAUGCUGGCGGCGGCUUCCCCUUCUCACCGCGGCACCUUUCAGUUCUCCGCGGCCGCGGAGGGGCGGGCGGGCGUGCGCGCGCUCGUGCGUGCGAUCCUUCCGCGGCGCCCCGACUCGAAGGGUCCCGGGAAGGGAGGGGCAGACUGAGGCGGGGGCGCGGAGGGAUACCGCUCUGGGACAAUCACGGCUGCCACGUGCGGCACAGAGGUCCGGUUGCGGUGAGGUCGCUGGGGGCGGCUGCCCGAGGCCUGCGGAGGAGGUGGCUCCUACGUCGCAUUGGGCCCCCCGGGGAUGGGGGCGUCCGGGACGCCUCCAGUCCCCGAGGCUGGGUCGUGAUGCGCCUCUCUUCUGCGUCCGGGGCUGCGGAUGCGGAAUCUUGAGCCUUGGUGUUGGAUUGCCGAGUUGCCCUGGUGACGGGAUGUGGCGCGUUUACUCCUGCUCGUGGUGGGGGUGGCAGUGGCAAGGUCGCCCACGCUCAAUGCCGGCGUCCUCAAUGGGACCCUCUUCCCUGGGGGGCUCAGGCAGCCGAGAGGGCCCAUCCGGCAACCUGAAAUCCGAGCUGGCGUUUGUGCUCUCAGGACCAUUUCUGAGCUUUGCCAGUCUUUCAUUGUUGCCUCAUUUGGGUACCAAGGCUUCGCAUUCUCUGGAUUCCUUGACAGUAAGAACGCCUUUAAGACUGCUAAUCACCUGUGGCUAAAUUACUCAAAAUUCCGGACAAAACCAAUAGCGACCUAUGUAAACUAUUGUUGGCUACUGGGAAAGUUAGUGGCGGAUCAAUGAAAUCACUGAAAAAACAAGGAAUAAAAGAUCUAAGAAAGGGUUCCCCGGCUGAAUAUAAUACAAUUUCUGCUAUUUAAAGGUAAAAUAAUUACAGGACCCAGGUCUGAGAAUGGAUUGUAUUUACAAGGCGGAGUCCCUGUGAUUCUCUCAUCUCUUCGGUAAUCUCUGGGUGCUUUGACUAGACAAGGAAUUAGGAGACGACCUACAGCAAUUUUAAUUUAAGUGAACAAAAAUGAUCUGCCAAUCAAGGAAAGGAAGAAAGCUCAUUUAAAACGUUGAAAAGUUAAUUUCAAAUUUAAAGUUAUCCUGUAAGGUCACCAUUUGUUAAACAGCUGUAGCUCAUGAAAGAAGACAAACUGGUUGCUAAACAAUUUAAUUGGUUCUGAAGCUUUGUAUUUUUUCUGCUGUUUGCUUUAAUAUAUUUUCUGCUGAAAUCAGCUACUGCAAGGGCGGGGGGCGGGGUACAGUAGGAGAACCCCCAAGUCAGGAACCUAUCAGAUUGAGACAAUGUAUUUUCUCAUGUUCUGAUGAUACAGAAUACAUAUGUGGUAUAAAAUGUGUGCCAAAAAUUGUUUCAUUUUUGCGUGUGUGCCUAGUUACACUUACUGGUUUAUUACUUUACCUCUUUGUAGUGGUGUUUGAUGGUUUUAAUCCUUCAAUCUUAGCAGUUUAUCACCUUAAAAGUUGAUAAUACAGUGUGUUGAUAGCACUGAAUAUGGUCACUUUGUGAGAAAUCACCAAGCUGUACGGUUACGAUUUGUGCUUUUAGUAUGCAUGUUAUAAUUCAAUAAAUUUAAACAAAAAAAAAGAGAAAAUAAAAGUAAAAUAAUUUAAAGUAUAUUGAAAUUGAGUGUUAUUUAUUAACCUACUCUAAAGUUUUUGAGAUUUCAUUUCUAGACUAUUAGAGCAAAGAGUUGGAAAUAACUGCAUUCCAUUUUUAUUCUAUUGUUGGCUUUAAACAACAAAAGGAUUAUACCAACCGAAUAUUCUGGAUAUUCAAAUCUCAAAAGGUUUUAAGAAGAUUCUCAAACACAUCUAUUGGGUAAUACAUUCCAAAGAAUUUAGAAUUUCUGUCCUUUUUCCAUAUUUUUUCAAAAUUUGAUACAUUUCAACAUUACCAUUUUACUUUUUCAACAGCGUUAUUACUUUCCCAGAAUUGCAUAUAGUAAAAUUUAAACUAUGAAAAAAACAUUUUGUGUAAUAGAUUAAAUGAGGCUUUACAGUUUAGAUUUUUAGAUAAUAUAUUCAAAGGAAUCUACUUACUGUCUGUUUUUAGUACAAACAGUCCCCUACUUACUAUGGUUCAAUUAUUAUUUUCCAACUUUACCAUGAUGUAAAAGCCAUAGGCAGUCAGUAGAAACUGUACUUUAGAUUUUGAAUUUUGACCUUUUCCCUGGUUAGUGGUAUGCGGUGUGAUACUGGAGAUGCUGGGCAGCCAGUCAGCAGUCAGCUCCCAGGCAGCCCUGCAAUCACAAGGGUAAGCAACUGAUACAACCAUUCUAUUUUUCACUUCCAGUAUUCAGUAAAUUACAUAAGACAUUCCAUACUUUAUUUUAAAAUAGGCUUUGUGUUUGAUGAUUUUGCCCAAUUGUAGGCUAACGCAAGUGUUCUGACCACAUUUGAGGUAGAGAGGCUAAGUUUUUGACGUUUCUAAGAUAUAUUAAUUGCAUUGUCAACCUUCAAUAGUUUCAGUUUACAAUGUGUUAAGAUCUGUACUAUUAUAAAAUAAUCCUGUGCCUAUUUUCUUUAGAACUGGUUUCCCAGCACUCUGUCUUAUUUUCUAUUUGUAUAAAAUGAUCUGUUAAUAUUUCAUAUAACUUGUGUACCGCACACACGCUUCAAGAGGCAUAAGUAGAGGUUAAACACUGAGUUUUAGGAAUAGCAAUGUGUUACGUCCAAAGGAGUGUCAAUAUGAAAAGAAGAAUUAACAAUUUGUAUCUUUCUCUAGGUUUUGUUCUUGUUUUUGUUUUCAGGGUAACUGACCCCUACAGUGAUAAUACUGAUGUCUGAGCAGUAGAGAAAAAUCGUAGCUCUGUUGAUAAUAGGUAGCCAGAAUAAUGGAGCCUUUAACCAUCAGUAGUAGCAUAUUUAAAUUAGGAAUGAGUUCUUACACAUUCUUUCCAAAGUUUUUAAAUUCUUAUUUAGGAAAACAGAAACUAUGUGGUAAAUCAAAUUCUUUAACGUAUCAGUCAAGGUGUGUCUGAACUUUUUAAGUCCAUGAGUAAAUCAUUAGACAUUUUAGCAAAAAUACAAAGAAAAAGGAGUUAAAUUGGUUAAAAUGUAUUCAACCCAUUAAACAUUUGUGUAGACUAAAACUACAUAACUACCACAAAUAUAGUAAUCAUUAACUAAGCCCACCCCAAGCCCCCAGUUAACUAACAUUUCACCUCCAUACUUAUUUUUUGGAAAAAGUGUUUUAAUUGUAAACAUAAUUAUCAAAACAAUAAAAUUUAGAAAAUGGAGAAAAAUCACACUUAAUCUCAUAAGCAAUGCAAAUGAUGUCGUUUGAAUGUUUUCACUUGUUUUAUUUAUGAAUUUUAUAGUAAAGAACAUGGAGUACCUACAAUUCUGGAUUUGUCCAUUUUAUCCUGAAACUCAAUAAAUUUUUGCUUUUUAUAGCUCGAGGUUAUUCAAUUGGAUGCAUACAAGUUAAAAUUGUUAUAUUAUCUUUCUGAUAUAUUUAACCUUUACAUUAGGUAGUGGCCCUCUUUAUUACCAAUAAUGUGUUUCGUCUUAACCAACUGGGCCACACAGGUGCCCCAUACAUGGAUUUUCUACUGCAUGAGGGAUAUGUGCCCCUAACCCCUGUGUUGUUCAAGGGCAAUUGUAUAUAUAUACAUUUGGUACUUACCAUUCCUUCUUAUAUCCCAGAUCGUUAUUCUAUGAUCCUUCUUCCUGAAGUAAAUCUUUAGAAGUUCUUUUAAUAGAGUUCUCCUAGUAAAUUGUGUAUAUUUG